AUGGAGCCCUACAAGCAGAAAUCCUGCAAAGUGGGCAUGAAAUUUCGGGAACCGAGUAGAUGCGUGAGUGAGGCUAUGGCGAAAGAAUGUCUGAAAAAGAACCAUCCCAAGUGGUUAAUGAAGUGUCCUAAGCCAAAGGUUGAUGAUCUUGGACCUUUGCCAGUGAUGAAAGAAGCCGUGUUGAGGUGCAAAGAAACUAAAGGAAAGUUGAAGACGACUAGGAAGAAAUACGACAAGGCACAGAUAGUUUGCGACGCUGAAGUACCGAGGGGUGAUUGGAAUCCUGAUAGUAAAUUUUAA